GAGCUGCGGGGACGACUCUGGCAGAGGAAGCAGCGCGGGCCGGACCGGCGUCGGCCCGCAGCUUCCGCUGCUACUUGCACCUCAGUGUGUUCGUGUGGUUCGCCUGACCUGGUCUGGCCCGCUCGUGCUCUGCAUCUGCGAAUCCGCGGCUCCGGAUGGAAAUCAUAUGACAAAAUAUUUGGGUGACAGCUGCCUGAAGGGUCUUCAGAAAUUACAGAAGACAAAAACACUAAUGCAUUUGAGAAAGCGGUAAAAUUUGGGGGGAGGGAGAGAAAGCAACUCCUUUCCUGAUCUGCAACUUGACUGGAUGCUAAGAUGUCUGUGGACAUGAAUAGCCAGGGGUCUGACAGCAAUGAAGAGGACUAUGACCCAAAUUGUGAGGAGGAGGAGGAGGAAGAGGAAGAGGACCCUGGGGACAUAGAGGAUUAUUAUGUGGGAGUAGCCAGCGACGUGGAGCAGCAAGGGGCUGAUGCCUUUGAUCCUGAGGAGUACCAGUUUACUUGCUUGACAUAUAAGGAGUCUGAGGGUGCCCUCAACGAGCACAUGACCAGCUUAGCUUCUGUCCUAAAGGCCGUUGAUGCUCACUGCCAUCAGCUGCAUCCUCCCUAUGGCACUGGUAUCUCAUUCAGUCGCCAAACUCAUAUUAGUUAAUUUCCACUGGCAAGUCUCAGAGAUAAUGGACAGAUACAAGUCCAAUUCUUCUCAACUGCUUGUUGAGGCACGGGUUCAGCCCAAUCCAUCAAAACAUGUCCCUACCACCCAUCCCCCUCAUCACUGUGCAGUGUGUAUGCAAUUUGUGCGGAAAGAAAACCUACUGUCUCUGGCCUGCCAGCACCAGUUUUGCCGCAGCUGCUGGGAACAGCACUGCUCGGUUCUAGUCAAGGAUGGCGUGGGUGUGGGAGUCUCUUGUAUGGCUCAGGACUGUCCACUCCGUACACCAGAAGACUUUGUGUUUCCAUUGCUUCCCAAUGAAGAAUUGAAAGACAAAUAUAGGCGCUACCUCUUCAGGGAUUACGUGGAGAGUCAUUACCAGCUCCAGCUGUGCCCUGGUGCAGACUGCCCCAUGGUUAUUCGGGUACAAGAGCCUAGAGCUCGCCGAGUGCAGUGCAAUCGGUGCAAUGAGGUCUUCUGUUUCAAGUGUCGUCAGAUGUAUCAUGCCCCCACAGACUGCGCCACAAUCCGGAAAUGGCUCACGAAGUGUGCAGAUGACUCUGAAACGGCCAACUACAUUAGUGCUCACACUAAAGAUUGUCCCAAGUGCAACAUCUGCAUUGAGAAGAAUGGAGGCUGCAAUCAUAUGCAAUGCUCCAAAUGUAAACACGACUUCUGCUGGAUGUGUCUAGGAGAUUGGAAGACUCAUGGCAGUGAGUACUAUGAGUGCAGUCGGUACAAAGAGAAUCCUGACAUUGUCAACCAGAGUCAGCAAGCCCAGGCCAGGGAGGCCCUCAAGAAGUACUUAUUCUAUUUUGAGAGGUGGGAAAACCACAACAAAAGCUUACAGCUGGAGGCACAAACAUACCAGCGGAUUCAUGAGAAGAUUCAGGAGAGAGUGAUGAACAAUCUGGGAACUUGGAUUGACUGGCAGUAUCUACAGAAUGCUGCCAAGCUCUUGGCCAAGUGUCGAUAUACCCUGCAAUAUACCUACCCAUAUGCAUACUACAUGGAGUCUGGCCCCAGGAAGAAGCUGUUUGAAUACCAGCAGGCUCAGCUAGAGGCUGAGAUUGAAAACCUUUCGUGGAAAGUGGAGCGAGCGGACAGCUAUGACAGAGGGGACUUAGAGAACCAGAUGCACAUAGCAGAACAGCGGAGAAGAACCCUGCUGAAGGAUUUCCAUGAUACCUAAGUUGGGACAUGGACAUGCCGGGAUGAAAUGUGGCUGCAAGGACUCCCGGCUGCCGUACUGCAUGCUGCAGGCUCUGCCUUUCACGACUCCAGGCAACAGCCAGGGCCCCACUCCUGAGAGACACUGGCAACACACCUUUUAGUUAAUUUGUUUUCUUCUCAUCUUUUUGCUUUUUGUUUCUACCAGGGUAGAGUUCAUAUUGAAUUGGCUUCUUUUCAGGACUUUUAAUUCACCCAGAUGGUUGUUGGGAGGGAGGGAAUGUUUUGUUUGCUUUGUUUUGUUUUAUUUGUUUUUGAACGGCUAUUAAUAGGAUUAGAUCAUUACAACUUAUGUAAUUUUCAAAGAUUGUACAAUAUUAAAAAAAAAAAGGCAAACCAUAGGAUAACACAGAGCCCUUUAAAAAAAUAAAUUGGCAUUGGAGUGUUUUACCCUGUAGCUAUUUUACUUGGAAUGUAACAUGUGCUGCCCACCUACCCUGCCUCAAAAAUAUCUAUACUGCAAGGGGCCCUGGAGUGGUCUCUGCUUUCCAGCUUCACAUGUUUGGCCACAGCUAUAGUCCCAAUGAAAGAACAUGAGUGACAGAUGGUAGGGAAUUGAGUUGGCCUUUGUCACAGGCAUGGAGCACAAGGAGUCACAUCAUGCCUCCUGCCUUAGUUGGACAGUAAGGAGAUAGUACAGAAUAGGUGAUUUUCUGUGGGUUCAUCUUUAUUCUUGAAAGUGAGGUUUACGUGGGUCUGGCAUUUGAAGCCAGAACCCACAGCAGAACAUAGGUGGGCUUGUGGCCACCCACACUAGGGGAUGCUGGUUUAGCACCAUGCUUCCUUUGGUCUCCUAUAGAGAAUCAUUUCAAAAGGGAGUUGUUCCUUAAAAUAAAUUUGCUUUACCUUGGUCUCUCCUUUUGUGCCAGUAUUCAAGUGGUGUAACUCUGACCAGGGUCACAUACAGCCAUACCUGACAAUGACCUGCUGCACUCUCCUUACAAACAUCAGGGUCAGAGUUCGACAUGGCCCACCUCAAGGGCAUUGGCCUUCCUGGCUCAGGGGCUCAGUUCGUGCAAGUUGUUUUCAUAUUACUUGGAGUGUGCCCAGCAGCUACUCUGGCAGAAUGUGUUUCCCUUUGCCUGGUUCCAGCUGUCAGAAGACCCCACCUCUAGGGUCUGGGAGUAUAAGGCCAGGAGAAUCCCUGGUUUAUGGUCCCAGUUUUUGUACUGGGAGGAAAGGCUGGCCACAGGAUAGGAACAACUUUCACAUACUUGAGUGCAAGAGAGUAAGCAGUUUGCCUUGUAUCCUGCCUUUCUUGAACCUGGUCCUGUGGGCCUUUGAAAAGUUAGAUCUGUGAUCUCUGGGGUUUCUGAGGCUUUGUUCAGUGCCUCCACUCUGAGACUGGCAGAGCUGUCUAUACUUGACAGGGCCUCCUUCACCUCCUAGGAGAGCCUAUAGGAAAAUCUGUGAAUAUUAUAGUGGGAGUUCUUCAGUGUCCAUACAUUUUCACCUCCAGUCAGCAAUUUUCUAGGUACUGAGUAAGCUGUAAACGGAGUCAUUCUUGAAGACAGAGGACAGCUGUGACUUUUAAGGUACAUGGCUGACUGCAGGUUCACUUUCUUCCCUCAAGUUUUAUCUCUUCAUAUAGUCCCCAACGAGGGAGGGGAUUUGGGAGAAUAGGUUAGGAAUGUAGCAAAUGAGCCCAGAAAGGGACAACAGGGAGCUAAUUGUGAACAGAAGGUACCUCCUACAGGACCAUGGGUGGGAUGUGAAUUCUGCAUUGGCAUAUGAAAUAUCUUGGUGUCUGGAGCCUUUACCUCUUUGUCAAGUCCUUCCUGUAGCACUGCCAGGGCACAGAACAGUGUUGUAGCUCUGCAUCUUUGUCACACCCUGGCUGGGUAUUCUCUGGACUUCAUGGCUGCCACAUUCUUUACUUACAUCCACUUGUGACCCUGACCACUAGAGCUACAGGGGGUUCUAUGUCCAGAAUAACCUAUAGCACUUGACCUGUGGAGAGCUUCCUUUUGUGCCCCCAGUGGCUAUCCUUUAUUAACAUUACUAGGAAGAUGGGAGAUGUCAGGCAGAAUUCCUCCGCCCCCCUGCCAAGGGUAGAAGAGAGGCACAGUGUUUUCAUGAAUUUAUCAUAUAUCUUGUUUUUCUUCAAAGAAAAAGUUAAUUGAAGCAAUGUCAUCUGCUCAAAGUUGAG